AGAGUCAAACAACAACUGAACGGCGCAUGUUUGACCUUCCACAAGGUGACCGCAUCUGAGUUGGAGAAUCACUGUUUUCACUUGUAGUGCAACUGUGGUUCCGAACGGAUCGCACUUGAGUAUACUCCGCUUUUGCCGCCUCUCAGUUCAGAGUACCAUUUAAUUGUUCUGUACUAACUGAUUGGUGAAUUAAACGGUGUCUGGCAGUUAUAGAGUGAUUUUGUGAGUUAAGUGUUUGUCGAAGUCUACAAACAAAAUGUCCAAACCGCAAUCAGAUGAGCAGAAGAGGAAGCAGAUUAGUGUCCGCGGCAUUUCUGUACUGGAGGAUGUGACCGAAAUCAAGAGAGGUUUCAACCGCCACCUCCAUUACACCCUGGUUAAGGAUCGUAAUGUCGCCACCGUGCGCGAUUAUUACUUUGCCUUGGCCCACACCGUUAAGGAUCAUCUCGUGUCACGCUGGAUCCGAACGCAGCAGCACUACUAUGAAAAAGACCCUAAGCGCGUGUACUACCUUUCGCUGGAGUACUACAUGGGUCGCUCGCUGCAAAAUACCAUGAUCAACUUGGGCAUCCAAACUUCCUGCGAUGAAGCCAUGUACCAGAUGGGUCUGGACAUUGAAGAGCUUGAGGAUUUGGAAGAAGAUGCCGGCUUGGGUAACGGAGGUCUCGGCCGUUUAGCGGCUUGCUUCCUCGAUUCGAUGGCCACCCUCGGAAUGCCAGCGUAUGGUUACGGUAUCCGUUACGAGUACGGCAUCUUCGCCCAAAAGAUAAAGAAUGGAGAGCAAGUGGAAGAGCCCGACGAUUGGCUGCGUUAUGGAAACCCAUGGGAGAAGGCUCGCCCUGAGUACAUGAUUCCGAUCCACUUCUACGGACGUGUGAUCGAUACUGCCGAGGGUAAGAAAUGGGUAGAUACUCAGACUGUCUUUGCCAUGCCUUACGACAACCCUGUUCCCGGAUAUGGCAACAACGUUGUCAAUACUCUGCGUCUGUGGUCGGCCAAGUCUCCCAUUGACUUCAACUUGAAAUUCUUUAACGAUGGUGACUACAUUCAGGCCGUGUUGGACCGUAACUUGGCUGAGAACAUAUCGCGUGUUCUGUACCCGAACGAUAACUUCUUCGAAGGUAAGGAAUUGCGCUUGAAGCAGGAAUACUUCAUGUGUGCGGCCACGCUCCAGGACAUCGUUCGUCGUUACAAGUCUGCCAAGUUCGGUUCCCAAGAUGAAGUUCGUACUUCAUUCGAUGACUUCCCGAACAAGGUUGCCGUCCAGCUGAACGAUACUCAUCCAUCGUUGGCUAUUCCCGAAUUGAUGAGAAUUCUCGUUGACGAUGAGAAGCUUUCCUGGGAAAAAGCAUGGGAUAUCGUCAACCGCACGUGUGCCUACACUAACCAUACCGUUCUGCCGGAAGCCCUGGAACGUUGGCCAGUCUCGUUGCUGCAGUCGAUUCUGCCACGCCAUUUGGAAAUCAUCUAUCAUAUUAACUUUUUGCAUUUACAAAAAGUUGAGAAGCGUUUCUCAGGUGAUUUCGGAAAGAUGCGUUCGCUCUCCCUGGUUGAAGAGGAUGGCGAUAAGCGUAUCAAUAUGGCUAAUCUUUCGAUUGUUGGUUCGCAUGCUGUGAAUGGUGUCGCUGCCAUCCACUCUGAAAUUAUCAAGAAGGAUAUUUUCAAGGACUUCUACGAAAUGUGCCCCGAGAAGUUCCAGAACAAGACUAACGGUAUUACUCCUCGUCGUUGGCUUCUGCUGUGCAACCCAGGUCUAUCGGAUUUGAUUGCCGAUAAGAUCGGAGACGAAUGGCCAGUGCAUCUAGAUCAGUUGACUAAGCUGAAGGCAUUCGCCAAGGAUCCAACAUUCCAACGGGAAGUAGCGAAGGUUAAACAAGAGAACAAACUGAAACUCGCUCAGCUGUUGGAGAAAGACUACGGAGUCAAGAUCAAUGCGGCUUCCAUGUUUGACAUCCAGGUCAAACGUAUCCAUGAGUACAAACGUCAGCUGCUCAACUGCUUACACAUUAUUACACUGUACAACCGCAUUAAGCGUGACCCAACAGCUAACUUUACUCCUCGUACCAUCAUGAUUGGAGGUAAGGCUGCUCCUGGAUACUACAUUGCUAAGCAGAUCAUUAAGCUGAUCUGUGCCGUGGGUAAUGUUGUCAAUAAUGAUCCAAUUGUUGGAGAUAAACUGAAGGUUAUCUUCUUGGAGAACUACCGUGUCACGCUGGCUGAGAAGAUCAUGCCAGCUGCCGAUCUGUCGGAACAGAUCUCUACAGCCGGUACUGAAGCCUCCGGAACUGGUAACAUGAAGUUCAUGCUUAACGGUGCCUUAACCAUUGGUACUCUGGACGGUGCAAACGUCGAGAUGGCUGAGGAGAUGGGCAACGAUAACAUCUUUAUCUUCGGUAUGACUGUCGACGAGGUCGAAGAUCUGAAGCGACGUGGGUACAAUGCCUACGACUACUACAACUCCAAUCCGGAUAUUAAGCAAUGCAUUGACCAGAUUCAGAGUGGAUUCUUCAGCCCAGGAAACCCACACGAGUUCACUGAUAUUGCCAACGUACUGAUGAAGUACGAUCGCUACUAUCUGUUUGCAGACUUUGAAUCAUACAUCAAGUCUCAGGAUGCGGUGUCUGCCACUUAUCAGAAUCAAACCAGAUGGCUCGAAAUGUCCAUCAACAACAUUGCGUCCAGUGGCAAAUUCUCCAGCGAUCGCACAAUCGCCGAGUACGGACGCGAAAUCUGGGGCGUUGAGCCAACGUGGGACAAGCUGCCCAAUCCAUCUGAUGCUCCCCACAGUAAGUAAGGUCCCUCGCAGCACCAUGUAGGAUCGAAACACGUGCAGCAAACACACUGCCACUGUGUGCAAAAUCGACUUCUAUCACAGCCGAAUGGGAAUGAAACUAUGCUUAUCGUACCGGCAAAACUGUUUGGACUUUACAUGUUUGCUACAGUGUAUGAUUUUUUUUCCACGUCAAAAACAGAAAAAAGUUUCAACGUUUAAAUAGUGUUAAGAAUACAGGCAACCAUAUUCUCGAAUGUGUUUGUUUGACUGCAGAAGAUAGAGCGGGGAGUAGCAAAAAAAAAAAGGAUGAAACUAGUUAAAAGGAAUUUUAAAUUGCAAAACAAAUAAUGUUAUCAAUAUGUCGUUAGAUGUAAUAUCGCAUGAAUUAAUCAAAUCAGAAAACAACACUACAUAGCACACAACCUACAAAUCAACAACUCAGACAUCAUCAAAUAAAACAACAUUAAAAUUAGGGUGCCAUUGUUUAGAUAUAGUGCUUUUCGUUUACCUGUUAAUAGCAAUGAAGGGAAAAAGAAACAAAACAAGAAAACUUGAUAUUAGGAACUAAUCAAAACAAAGAGGGAGUGUGUAACACUAGGAUCAAACAAAUAUUUCCUAACAUCUUAAAAUAGUAGAUUAGGCAACGCUAAAACUCAGUGAAAACAACCUAACAAAAUAUUCUGUUGCAAAAUUUGAGCAUCUUAUUGUUAUUAAUAUUAGUUUUCCUUUAUAUUUUGUAUGAAAUAAACAUAUUACAUUGGAAACGUUAGAA